AUGCGCACCAACAAAAUACAAUUGCCAAUUAUAUCUUCCGACGAUCUUUGGACGCUGCAAUAUAUUCGAAUCAAUCGUCUUCGGUUUCUUUUCGAUAGGAUCAGUCUGGACGCAUCAGGCUUUGUGACCAUCUAUGAGAUAACUGCUUUCACGUCCUCGCGUCCGGCUAGGUGGAGUCUACUUUCUUGGAUUGCAUAUUGGUGUGUCGGUUGGCAAACAACGCUGACUAAAAUCUGCCAGGACAUCAAAGCCAUCUUUCGGAAUAUCUUCGCCACUCUCCCCUAUAUAUUGCGGGAAAACAAGUCAGAAGUGAAUGGAUACAUCGAACACGUUUGGCCCAUGCAUAUGGAGAUCGUCACAUGUUUUCGGGACACGCCCAUGAAGGACUUCCUUGAAGAGAAGUUCGCCGAGUUCUUUCGUGAAACCGGAAAAAGUCUCGAGCAAAACCUCAACAAAAUGAAGUAUCACAUUGAUCCACCCGAGACUGCACAUCUUGAUUAA